AUGGAACCCAAGUUAGAGCUAACAAAAGAUGAAGAGGGAGACCCGGUAAAUCCCACGAAGUACAGAAACAUCGUUGGAGGUCUGAGAUAUCUCACACACACUCGACCUGACAUUUCUUAUGCUGUCGGGAUUGUAAGUCGGUUCAUGGAGAGACCCACAGUCAAGCAUCUACAAGCAGUGAAACAUAUUCUAAGGUAUAUCAAAGGAACCAUUGAUUAUGGAUUAAAGUACACCAGGUGUAAUGGAGAAGACAUCGUAACCGGGUAUACUGAUAGUGAUCUUGCAAGAGACGUAAAUGACAAACGCAACACAUCAGGAAUGGCAUUUUAUCUUAAUGAAGAUCUGGUGAAGCAGAAUUAA